GCUAUAAAGUUGUGUGUUCUUGACUCUGUUUCUUUCAGACAGAGACGGCAGAGCAUUCCUGUGAGAUGGCGGAGAAGUUUGGAUCGGAGGAAGGUUUUCAUCUGGAGCAGAGGCAUGGAAAGGCCAGGGUGAGGGUUGCUAGAGUGUGGAGGGGAAGAGACGGCCACCAGUCCAUGGCUGAGUGGAACGUUCAUGUCCUUCUGCUCUCCGACUGCAAGGAGUCCUACUUUCAGGACGACAACUCCAACAUCGUCGCCACCGAUUCCAUGAAGAACACGGUCUAUGUUAAAGCCAAGGAAUGUGCGGAGAUCACCUCUGUGGAAGAGUUUGCAACUCGACUCGGAGAGCAUUUCACAAGGACGUAUUCGCAUGUCACAUGUGCAAUCAUCAAGAUCAUUGAGAAACCAUGGGAGCGGAUAACCGUAGAUGGCCAAAUGCAUAAACAUGGAUUUAAACUUGGAUCUGACAAGCAUACUACCGAAGUGGUGGUGAAGAAAGAUGGCUAUCAGGUUACAUCAGGUAUAGAAGGACUGGCUCUGCUGAAAACAACUAAGGCAUGCUUUGAAGGAUUUAUACAUGAUAAGUAUACGUUACUGAAAGAAACAAGAGAAAGAUUAUUUGCUACAGAGGUCAAUGCUGAAUGGAGAUACUCUGUAAAACCAACCUGUUUCAGACAGUCUUAUUUGGACAUAAAGAGCAUGCUAAUUGAUACCUUUUUCGGCCCUUCAACUGAAGGAGUUUACAGCCCAUCUGUCCAAAAUACUCUUUAUUGCAUGGCUCGAGCUGUUCUUAACAGGUUCCCUCUCGUAGAAUCAAUCCACCUGAAAAUGCCAAAUCUCCACUUCUUGCCUGUUAAUUUGGCUAACAUGGUUCAGUUUGCAGAUGAUGUUUACACUCCGACAGACGAGCCACAUGGAACGAUUGAAGCCACCUUGAGUAGACGUCAGGUGCCCGUGUUGUCUAAGAUUUAGAUGCCUUGUGUGAUGAAUUGCAGAACAACUGAUCAGAUUGUUCUCUUUCAAUUGAGAACAGCCUGCAUUUUCCUGUCAUGUAGAAAACAAUAAAGUACGCUUUUUCAUUGUACAUUUUUCGCGUUAUUUUGAUUCUUAUCUUGCAAUAUGCAAAUUGUGCAGUAGUUGCCUUCUACUCGGACUGAAUUUAUCCUUCCAAUGCAUCAUCUAAUAGCAUUGUUUUAAACACCA